AGCAGGCGGCGGUAGCGUUUAACAACGCAAACACAGCAGCCGCCAUUUUGCUCGCAGCGGAAGGAGGAAGAGCAGAGGGAAAACAUUAAACUCUUCAAGUAAAAAUCCUUCAAAAAUAUAUAAUUUCUGUAAUGGACGUCCCCGGACCGGACAGCGACUGGAGGAGCCCUCAGUUCCGACAAAAAGUCGUCGCUCAGAUUGAAGAGGCGAUGAGGAAGGCUGGAACUGCACACACCAAGUCGAGCAAUGACAUGGAGAACCACGUUUAUGUCAAAGCCAAAUCCAGAGAGGAGUAUUUAUCUCUGGUGGCGAGGCUGAUCAUACACUUCAGAGACAUCCACAAGAAGGCACUUGGAGGUCCAGAUCCCAUGAAUGCCCUGACUAACCUGACAGGGGUUGGAGGGGGACCGGGCGCCAUUGGCAUGGGGCCUCGCCCCACCGGUGCUCCAGUGGGUGGCAUGGGGGCCAUGGGGCCGAUGCAGAUAGGCCAGCAUGCCAUGGCAGGGGUGGCUGGAAACCCACAAGCCAUAGGGGGCCCAGGCCAGAUGCCGAUGCAGCAGAUGGUGCAGGCGCAGCAGCAGCAGCAGUCCAUCCAGUUCCAGCAGUUCCAGCAAGCCCAGCAGCAGCAGCAGAACGCCAUGCAGCAGCAGCAGCAGCAGCAGUUCCAGGUGCAGCAGCAGCUGAGGGUCCAGCAGCAGCUGCAGCAGCAGCACCACCAGAACCAGCAGCUUCAGCAGCAGCACCAAAACCAGCAGCAGGCCCAGAACCAGCAGCAGCAGAACCAGAUGCACCAGACGAGGAUUCAGCAGCAGCAGAUGCUGCAGCUCCAGCAGCAGCAUGCUCAGGCCCAGGCUCAGGCUCAAGCCCAGGCUCAGGCCCAGGCUCAGGCUCAGGCCCAGGCCCAGGCUCAGGCUCAGGCUCAGGCCCAGGCCCAGGCUCAGGCUCAGGCUCAGGCCCAGGCUCAGGCCCAGGCCCAGGCUCAGGCCCAGACCAUGCAGCACAUGGUUCAGCAGCAGCAGCAGCAGCAGCAGCAGCAGCAGGUCCAGGCUCAGCCUCAGCCGGGUCAGAUGCCUCCACACUCACAGCAGCAGCAGCAGCAGCAGCCGGGCAUGGUGCCUCAGAUGGCGUCCGCUCAGCACGUUCCCAUGAACUCGCUCAGUCAGCAGCAGCAGCAGCAGCAGCAGCACCAGCUCAAGUUGCAGGCCCUACAGCAGGCCCGUGCAGCCUUGCAGCAGCAUCAGCAGGCGCAGGCGCAUGCGCAGCAAGCCGCAGCGCAGGUCAACGCAGCUGCCGCCGCCGCCGCCGCCGCCGCAGUACCCGGACAGGUGAGACUGCAGCCACCUGAACCUCAGUUGGCCCGUCCUGGGAUAUCGAUUCAAGCCCGGUUGCCUCGAGUCAACCCGAACCCCUCCAUCCCUUCUCCAAACGCUGCUGCCGCUGCCGCCGCCGCCGCUGCCGCCGCCGCCGCCGCCGCCGCCGCUGCUGCUGCGGGAGGACAGCCAAUGACACAGCAGGUGCAACAGCAUUCAAUGAUGUCAUCGCCGUCACCGGGGCAGGUGCAGUCGAUGCCUCCCCCUCCCCAGCCGUCACCUCAACCCCCCACCUCGCAGCCCAACUCAGCCAGCUCCGGUCCCACUCCGUCUCCGGGGGGGUUCCAGCCCAGCCCGUCCCCUCAGCCCUCGCAGAGCCCCGCCACCGCCCGAACCCCCCAGAACUACGGAGUCCCCUCUCCUGGACCGCUCAAUACUCCAGGUAACCCCAGCUCAGUGAUGAGUCCGGCUGGAGCCACGUCUCUGGAGGAUCAGCAGUACAUGGAGAAACUCAAACAGCUCUCCAAAUACAUCGAACCUCUGCGCAGGAUGAUCAACAAGAUCGACAAAAAUGAAGACAGAAAGAAGGACCUGAGUAAGAUGAAGAGUCUGCUGAAUAUCCUGACGGACCCAAACACCAGGUGUCCUCUGAAGACGCUGCAGAAGUGCGAAAUCGCUUUAGAGAAACUGAAGAACGACAUGGCCGUGCCGACCCCCCCUCCCCCUCCGGUGCCCACUAAACAGCAGUAUUUGUGUCAGCCGCUGCUGGACGCCGUCAUGGCCAACAUCCGCUCUCCGGUCUUCAACCACUCUCUGUACCGAACCUUCGCCCCCGCCAUGACCGCCAUCCACGGACCCCCCAUCACGGGUCCCAACGUCUCCGGAAGGAAGAGGAAGCACGAGGAGGACGAGCGGCAGACCAUCCCCAACAUCCUGCAGGGCGAGGUGGCUCGGCUCGACGUCAAGUUCCUCGUCAACCUGGAUCCUUCGUUCUGCAGCAACAACGGCACCGUGCACCUCGUCUGCAAACUGGAUGAUAAAAACCUUCCCAGCGUUCCUCCGCUGCAGCUCAGCGUUCCUGCUGAUUAUCCGGAUCAGAGUCCAUACUGGGCCGACGACGGGGACCAGUACGGUGCGAACAGCUUCCUGCAGACGGUCCACAGAAACAUGACGUCCAAACUGCUGCAGCUGCCGGACAAACACUCGGUGACGGAGCUGCUCAACACCUGGGCUCAGAGCGUCCGCCAGGCCUGCCUGUCUGCUGCCUGAAGCCCCGCCCACCACUCACCUGACAGCGACACCACCUCUGACACACACACGUGUACGUGGAUCUGGUCUCCGACAGGUUUCUGUGACAAACAAAAGCAACUGUCGUGGAGCGUUAGACUGUUGCAGAUAAAGCGGCUCACCUGAGGCCGAGCACCUGUUGCACCUGUGUUUUUCAUCCCAACAUUUAGUUUGAUUUUCACUGUCAUAAAUAAUGAGCAGCCGUUGUUCCUGAACGCUUCACGCUGGCCGGGCUGAUAUCAUGUGGUCUGAUCCCGACGUUAUUCCUGAUGAAUUCUGGGUAAAUUAAGACUCUUCGCUGUGGCAGACGGAGCUGCUCACCUGCAAUCUGUGUAUAUAAUAUUUACUCUCGUAUGUUUCUGCAGUAACAGGAAACACAAAGGGAAGAAAGUAACUGUCAUUUAUCCUGAAGUAUAUUCUGCUCCCUGAAUGCAACACGCGGCUCAGGUUUGUACCACAGAAGAGCGCUGUUGUAAAGAGAAACGCUAACAAAGGUUUGUACGCUUUGCUUUUCAAAGUGAAAAUAUAAAUGUAUUUUUUUUUUUUUUGCUAUCAUAAAUAAAAACGUUUAAGUUCAACUUUUUAAA